GAAGACUAAACCGGUUUAAAUAUGUUUUUUUUGCGGGAGCAUGGCGUUCGAUCUCCCUCUCUCGCCUUGGUUUGCAGGAGUUAGCCAUGUCGACCUCGUCCGACAUCCAAGACCAGGAUCUGUGCCACUGAUACGCCUCCAGCGCCAUCCAUUCAUUGGAAAGUGAGAGUGUGUGAAGUGAACAUACGGAAAAGAAGGGAUUCGGCUUUCGAUCUGACCAAUUAUUCUCAAUUGUUUGAACAAAUCAAGAAGCAGAAGUGUGACUCGAUUGCGCAAUGAGCGGUGCGAGACUUUGUGCAGUGUUGGGGGAAUUGGGGUACGACGGGGCGGAGUCCCUGGAUCCCGAUAGCUUCGAAUGGCCGUUCCAGUACGACGAUGCUCGCUCCAUCCUCGACUGGAUUUGCUCCAGCCUCCGCCCCUCCAAUGUCCUUUCUCCCUCCGAGGUCUCCCAGCAGGAACAGUUUUUACAAGAAGGCAAGUUGUUGGAGGGGGAAGACUUGGACUUUGCUUAUGAUAGCAUUUCAGCAUUUUCAACCAGGAGAGACAAUCAAGAAGCAGUAUUUGGAGCUGAAGAAGGAUUGAAAGAUAUACGGGAUGCAAGUCUGGCAUACAAGGCUGAAGCUUUGGAAUUACAAAGGCAGCUAAGGCAUCUGCAAUCUCAAUUUGAUAUGCUCACUGGCCAGGCUUCAGCUUUGAUUCAAGGAAGAAGGGCACGAGUUGCAGGAACCUCUGCUGUCAAUGGGCAACUUACUUCUAUCGACGAUAGCCUUUCAGCAAGAAAUUUAGAGAUGAAUGCAGUUUUGGGAAGGAUUGCUUCUGCCGCAGAGGAGUUGGCUCAUUAUCAUUCAGGGGAUGAGGAUGGCAUCUACUUAGCUUACUCUGAUUUCCACCCAUACAUGCUUGGAGAUUCAUCUUGUAUAAAGGAGUUGAAUCAGUGGUUUGUUAAGCAGCUUGACACGGGCCCUUUUCGAUUAGUUGCUGAAGAAGGCAAAGCUAAAUGUUCAUGGGUGAGUCUUGAUGAUAUUUCAAAUAUCUUAGUACGAGCAGAUUUAGAGAAAUCCCAUCAUCAACGUGUAUCUGAAUUGCAACGACUUCGCUCUAUAUAUGGAACGAGUGAAAGACAGUGGGUAGAAGCACAGGUUGAGAAUGCCAAGCAGCAAGCCAUUCUCACGACACUUAAAUCUCAAAUUACAGCUGAUGAAGCUCAUAUUCAUCUUGAUUUUCAUUCCCUUAGGAGGAAGCAUUCUGAAUUGGUGGGGGAACUUUCAAAUCUUUAUCCAAAGGAAGAGAAAUUGUUAUCUGAGACUGUACCAGAUCUUUGUUGGGAGUUGGCUCAGCUCCAAGACACGUACAUUUUGCAAGGUGAUUAUGAUUUAAAGGUCAUGCGCCAGGAGUGCUACAUUAAUCGGCAAAAAGCGUUAAUAAACCAUUUGAUUAAUCAGCUUGCAAGGCACCAGUUCUUGAAAAUAGCUUGUCAGUUAGAAAGGAAGACCAUGCUCAGUGCAUAUUCAUUGCUUAAAGUUAUUGAAUCGGAGCUACAAGGAUACCUGUCUGCAGCUAAAGGUCGAUUGGGUCGUUGCCUAGCACUCAUUCAAGCUGCAUCUGAUGUCCAAGAACAAGGAGCAGUGGAUGAUCAUGAUAGCUUUCUGCACGGUGUUAGAGACCUUUUAAGCAUUCAUUCAAAUGCUCAAGCUGGGUUAUCAACAUAUGUAUCAGCACCAGGAAUUGUUCAGCAGAUUUCUGGCCUCCAGUCCGAAUUGAUGACCCUUCAGUCUGAGCUUGAAAAUUCCCUUCCAGAGGACAGGAAUAGAUGCAUUAAUGACCUGUGCACUCUUAUUCAAGGUUUGCAGCAGCUACUAUUUGCUUCCUCGACAACUGCACAGCCACUAUUGACACCUCGGCCAUUAAUGAAAGAGCUGGAUGAAAUGGAAAAGGUCAAUGCAAAACUCUCAGCUGCUGUUGAAGAAGUAACACUAGAGCACUGUAAGAAGACCGAGAUUGUAAAACAUCAUUCCCAGGAGGUGGCUCUUCAAAGGCGGGUUUUUGUCGACUUCUUCUGCAAUCCUGAGCGUUUGAGGACUCAAGUUAGGGAACUAACUGCUCGUGUCAGAGCUCUGCAAGUUUCCUAAUGCACAAUUCAUUGCAUGGUAAUGCGCCUGGUGUUUCCUCAGCAGAGGCAGCAGUGCCCCUUAUGUUGUCUCUUUGGGGCCUUCCUCUGAAUCAAGUUUAUGAAUCCUGCUGGCAUCGCCUGUAUUGACAUCCCACGCGGGAAUUUGUAAACGAAUACGCAUUCUACCAAUGUUAUAUUGACUCCGUAAUUAGUGAAAUUUAUAUCCUA